GCCCCCCGACCGCUCCCCGACACCGCCCCCGCCCGCCCGUUCCCCAACACCGACACCGUGCUGUCCGCUCCCCGGCGCGGCGUGUGGGCUCCGGGCGGAGCGCUGGGCCCCGGACGACGGAUCGGAUCGGACUGGACUGGACUGGCCCCGGAAGCUGAAUGAAGAGCUUGUUUACUGAAAGUGGACACCAGGAGCUGGUGCUGCACUGAUGUGAGCCCUGGUUACUGUUGACUGACUCGGGGCACUCUGGGCCCAGGCAACACCGCCACCACAAUGCUGUUCUCACUGCGUGAGUUGGUGCAGUGGUUGGGCUUUGCCACGUUUGAAAUGCUGCUGCAUCUGGCAGCCUUCCUGGUAUUUUCCAUGCUACUGGCCGUGAAAGUGGACAACUUUGUGGGACAACUGGACUGGUGGUACGUCUUCAUCCCGCUUUUCACUGCAGAUGGGCUGAGUACCUACUUCACCAUGAUUGUGUCUAUCCGUCUCUUCCAGUACGGUGAGAAACGACAGGCUAUCCUGCGCCUCUUCUGGAUCCUGACUGUUCUCAGCCUCAAGUUUGUCUUUGAGAUGCUGCUGUGCCAAAAGCUGGUUGAGCAGAGCACCCACCUGUGGUAUGGCCUCAUCAUGUCUCCAGUCUUCAUUCUCCUUCAAUUGUUGAUGAUACGGGCCUGCCGGGUGAACUGAACCCUGAAACCGCCUGCUCUGGCUUUCACAUUCAAGUCGAUGGACUCCCAGAUAGACAAGUCACAGGGAUAUUGGGACGGUUGCAAGGAGGGAGGCUUGGGUUAAACGAAAGCUCUUGUCUGGGUGAGGGGAUGUGUUGCUCUAUUCAAGCACAGAACGAGCAGAUGAAGAACUUGGUGCUGGCCCCUGGUGAGGAGAAGCACAGAGAACUCGGCAAGGAAACAAGCUGAAAGCAAGCAUAUUUAUGUUCCUCAGCUCCAGUGGCCCGGACCGCCCUCGAUUUGUUCCAUUGUUCUGUAAUCAGAGUCCACAGUCGAAAAGGGUUUCGUGAUUCCUCACGCCCUUCCCCGAAUGUGUUAAUGUUUUGGUGAAACUUCAAUCGGUGGAUGUCUCCACAGAUUCCCUUUGGCUGGUAUUUGGAAUAUUGUGUUUGGAUAGUCAUUAUUCAAGAUUCUCAGAGGUUGGAGAUACAGUGGAGUUUAUGUCCUGCGAUUCUUGCAGAAACGUGGCUGAUAUAUUUGUUGGACCAGAAGUGAGAGAAUGAAUCCAGCCUGAUGUUAAAUUAAGUUUAGAAAUUGUCCCUGAUCCUCCUUUCUUCCUGUUUCUCCUUUUCCUCAUUGUUCAGCAACAUCUGUCGCUCCACUCCCUCUGCUAUGUUGUAUUACCAAGUCGCCUGGCUGGACUCCAGGAGAGUGGAAUAAAUAUUUUGUAAGCAAA